AUGAAGCAAAAGCGAGUGGGGUCGUUCCUGCAGGAUCAGGGCCGCCGGUGCUCUGGGUGCCGGGGGGUUCCCACAGGGAGCACCCCCAGCUCACCUGACUGGGGAUGCCCUGCACCCCUGUCCCUGAUGGCUGGCAUUCCACAAAGCAGGCUUUGGGAAGAGCUGCAUGAAAGUGAACUGCUUACAAGCGGGAACACUUUCAGGAAUGUUCACAAAGAAGCCUUCAGCCGCAAUUUCUGGUCAUUGCAAAACAUCCCACGACUUCAAAACAAAACAAAACAGGAACAACCAUCAAAAGCCCUCACAUAA